AAAAAAGGCAAGGAAGAGAGGAAAAAAGAGGAAGAAGACGAGAAGAAUUCAGAGAGGAGAUACUUGUGCUCUUUCGCUCAUUCCCAGACUUGGGACUCACAGGAUGAAGCGCAAGUUCACUGCUCUGGAAUAUUUUCUACUUUUGGCGGCUCUUCUUGGUUUCAAUGCACGGGCCUCCAAUGUGACAGUAAAUGAGACGACUUGUGGUUCCUUAAACGAUCCUCAGGAUAGAGAAAAUGGAGAUCCAUGCCCAGUUGGUUGGGUCGUUGGCCCUGAUAAAGCCAGGUGCUUUCACCAUGUUGGAAAGCCUCAAUCUUGGAAUGACUCGGAGACCCAUUGUAAUAAAUGUGGUGGACAUCUGGCUUCUUUGAUGUCUAUUCCAGAACUGCACUUUGCUCAGAGUCUAUGUGGUGACAGUUGCUGGGUUGGAGGAAGAAGAAUUAACUCUUCCGCUGGUUAUGAGUGGGUGUGGUCUGACAAAUCUCAAUGGAAUAAGUCCAUGUUUCCUUUGUCGCUCGAUCCAACUAAUUGUACUGGAUCAUUCUGCAACACGAAAGGUGCAGUCAAUAUAUGUACAGUAAUGACCAAUCAUUCAGAUUCUAUGAUGAAUGAUAGAUGCGACAAGCUGAAUGCUUCAGUGUGUGUACUUGAUAUAGAUAAAAAAUGUUACCACAUGCGCUGCCACAGGGAAUAUCUUAUCAUCCUUGCAGGGGUGAGUGCAUUGAUCCUCUGCACAACGUCAGCUGUUGUGGUAUGGCUUCUUGCACAUAAACGGGGCAAAAAGAGAAAACGAUCUAGAAAAGUAUCUAAUCCAGCUGCUUCUCAGUCAGUUCCUCCCUCAUGGAAAGUUUUUACCAAAGAGGAAUUAAAGUCUAUUACGAAGAACUUCAGUGAAGGUAGCCGCCUUGUUGGGGAUGCCAAGACUGGCGGUACAUAUAGUGCAGUCCUACCUGAUGGCUCAAAGGUUGCAGUCAAGAGAUUGAAGAAGUCAACUUUUCAGAGGAAAAAGGAGUUCUAUUCUGAAAUUGGUAGGGUUGCAAGGCUUCGUCAUCCCAAUUUGGUGGCUGUGAAGGGAUGCUGCUAUGAUCAUGGUGAUCGCUACAUUGUUUAUGAGUUUGUAGUUAAUGGCCCUUUAGACAAAUGGCUACAUCAUAUACCCAGGGGUGGUCGCAGCUUGGAUUGGACUAUGAGAAUGAAAAUCGCCACGACACUUGCUCAAGGAAUUGCCUUUCUGCAUGACAAGGUGAAGCCACAUGUUGUUCACCGGGAUAUACGGGCCAGUAAUGUGCUACUGGAUGAGGAGUUUGGAGCUCACCUUAUGGGAGUUGGUCUAUCCAAGUUCGUGCCAUAUGAAGCCAUGCAUGAGAGGACUGUGAUGGCAGGUGGCACUUAUGGAUAUCUUGCUCCAGAGUUUGUGUAUCGAAAUGAGCUCACGACGAAGAGCGAUGUUUACAGUUUUGGUGUGCUGUUACUUGAGAUAGUGACCGGACGUAGACCUGCACAGGCAGUGGAUUCAGUGGGUUGGCAGAGCAUAUUCGAAUGGGCGACGCCGCUAGUACAAGCACAUCGCUAUCCAGAACUCUUGGAUCCUCAUAUAUCUUCCUCCUCAUCAUCUACGAUCCCUGAGGCUAGCACAAUCCAGAAGGUGGUUGACCUUGUCUACUCAUGCACCCAGCACGUCCCAUCUAUGCGCCCUAGAAUGUCUCAUGUUGUCCAUCAGCUCCAACAAUUGGCUAACCCACCAACCAAGUGAUGCGAAGAUGGUUAUACAAGCUUUUAGCUCGAGUUGUCGUAUGCAUCAUAUGCCCGUUUAGUUAAGGGGUCCGAAUUGUUAGCUUUUGUGAAAUACUGAAAUGAGGAAACGUGAGCUAUCGUCCAACUCAUUAGGUUCUCCAGGAGCGACUGCCAUCCAAAUUACACAUGUAAUGUGAUUUAGAAAUGCUCUCUAGGUGCAUUUAUACCCCCAUUAUUUUCAUCCCUAAGAGAUUCGUUAGGAAUAUACAUCUCUCUCUGCCUAACCUCUUAAUUAGUUUUUUAACUUGUUCUUUUUUCCCCAUAAUGGUGUUUUUAAGUUAUUUCAAGGGAAGGAGAUGGAAAUUGUUAAUUCCAA